AUGUUUUUUCGGAGCUGCUCAUCAUUACCCAAUUUGAUUCCUAUGCAGCACAAUGAUACAACUUUUGGUUGUCCAAGUGGACUAUUCCGUUGUCAUGGAUCAUUCAGAUGCAUAUCACCGUAUCGACUACUAGAUGAUUUCCAUGAUUGCAUCAAUUCGACUGAUGAAGACAAGUCAAUGGACACUUGCGCAUUCAAUCUUAAUCAUCAAUUUCAUUGCACAUCAACAUCAUGCAUACCACGGCGAAAGGUUAUGAACAGCUUCAGGGACUGCAUUAAUCGAGCUGAUGAAAUUGGACCAAGCACAUGUGUCGAACCUCGAGAUUUCGGUUGUCAGUAUGCCAGAGGAACAACUGAUUUACUUAAAGCAAUUCCAUUUUCCUUUAUUUGCAAUGGAUUAGAUGAAAUCAGGUUUGUUCAGAAUCUAGAAUGGUCCGAUAGCAGUAAUGCUACUGACGAGAGUGAAUGUCUCGCUCAUGAAUGGUCUUGUAAUAAUCGCUACACUCGGUGCAAUGGUAUUUGGAACUGUCCGAAUGGUACUGAUGAACUUAAUUGCACGCGAACUGAUGUCUUUCUUGACAAAGCUGAAUGUGAAAAGACCAAUCGACACUUUUGCAUUCGCGUCGACACUCAUGAAUGGUCUUGUCUCGAUCCAAUAAAAGCGGGAGACAAUCAAAUUGAUUGCCUAGGUAAGUAA